CGUGCAUACCUUACAAUAAGCGAUCCGACGCUCCUAGUCAGCUCCAAACAAGCGCGCUGGUGGAAGACACCCGGACGCCCGAGCUCCGAAAGGUUCUUGCGCGCUACCCGCGAGCCCCACGAGGAGCCCACCAACCUGUGUGUGGCCUCAGACAGUCAAAAUUGCACAAUUGAAUCACUCGUCGGCGCUCCAGCGCACGCUCCGCAGCCCGCCCGUAUGUAAUGCGCGCACGUCGGGGCGAGCGGAAUAAGUAAAGCUUUAGCCCCGCCACCGCCACCUCGCGAAUGGCAGCCGAAUUGCCGGCGGAGUCCGACUCUGGCGCGGCCGUCGCCGCGGCAGCGGGCGGGGCGGGCGGCCAGCACCACCCACCGCAAUCGCCGGUCGCACCAGGCGCCUUCACGCUCGACCAGCCCUCCAACACUGCCGACAGUGUGCCCGCCGGCCCGACAUCAAGCGGCCAGGCGAUCAGAGCGCGCCUGUCCCUCCCGCCGCUGCCGGUUGCUGCGCCGCACGUGAAGACGCACCACUACUGCGUCACGCCGGACGGCUGGCGGCUGCACCUGGUGCGCACUCACGUAGUGCAGCAGCCGCAGCCGGCAGCAGCAGCGGGGCCGCCAGCGCCAGCGGCAGCCGUCAGCACCCGCCACAAGCGGCGCCAACAGCCCCAGCAUUCGCCACAGCCGCACCUACAGCAGUCCCAGCAGCAACCCCAGCAGCCCCAGCCCCAGCCCCAGCUCCAGCCCCAGCCCCAGCAGCCUCCGGCUGCGGCGCCGCUGCCUGCCCGGCGCUGCCCGGUGGUGCUGGUGCCGGGGCUGGGCUCCAGCGGCGCCUACACCUUUGACCUGAGCCCGGUGGUCAGCCUGGCGGACUACCUGGCGGCACGGGGCUGGGACGUGUGGGUGGUGGAGCUGCGAGGCAACGGCCAGAGCGACCGGCCCUCGCUGUGGUUUGGUCGCAGCCGCUGGUGGUCUGUUGACGACUACGUGGCCAAGGACCUGCCGGCCGUGCUGCGCCACGUGCUGCGCGAGACGUGCUGCGCCCAGGCGCACCUGGUGGGGCACAGCAUGGGCGGCAUGGUGCUGACGCGGCUACUGGCGCUGGGCGGCGAGGCGGCGGCGGGCGUGGCCAGUGCCACGGUGGUGGCAUCGGGCUGCUUUCUGAAGGGAAGCUGGUGGCAGAUGCUCCGCAGUACCAUGUGGCUGGCCCGCUACCUGUGGAUAGUGCCGGCGGGCAGCACACUGCGGGCUUACAGCCCCCUGGCCAUGGGCCGCGCCGGCCUCCCGCUGCUGGACGAGCUGUACUUCUGGCCGCCCAACACCGACCCAGCCCUGGCGCGGGCGGUGCUGGCGAGGAACUUCAGCGCCAUCAGCAGCGGGGUGAUCCUGCAGAUGAAGAGCGCCUUCGGGAGCGCCGGCCUGCGCACCGCCGACGGCAAAGAGGCCUUCGCCGACCCCGCCCGGCUGUCACGGGUGGAGACGCCCGUGCUGUUCGUGUGCGGGGACCGCGACCGCAUGUGCCCGCCGCAGGGCGCCGCCGCCACUGCCGCCAUGUUCCGCGGCUCGCGCUGCUGCCGCUACAUCGAGCUGGGGCCGUCGGCGCCGGCGCCCGGCCACACGCGCACGCACUACGGCCACUUCGACAUCCUGAUGGGCCGCAACGCGGAGGAGGAGGUGUUUCCGCUGCUGUCGGACUGGUUGGACGAGCAGGACGGGGGCCCCGCGGACAAUGAGGCGGCGGCCGCCGCGGUGGCAGCCAGCGCGAGGAGCAAGGCGGCGGCAGCGGCCGACGCCCCCGGUCACCUCCACCAGCAGCACCAGCACCAGCCCUCCCACCCGCCGCACCACCCCGCCCACCCGCGCCACCAGCACCAGCAGCAUCAACAACACCAGCAGCAGCAGGUGGUGCAGAAACAGGAGCACAGCCACGUCAGCGGCCAUGCCGCUGACAGCAGCAGUAGCAGCAGCAGCAGUAGCGGCAGAGGCGGCAGCCGGGCUACGUCGGCGCCGACGGUAGCCAUGGCGGCGGCGGCGGGCUGGGAGCCUGCGGGGCUGGACUGGGCUCCUGUGGGCGGCAGCGGGCAUGCAGCAGCGUACGUGACGCCGCCGGCGAUUACCUGGCCGGAUCGCGGUGCCGCGGCGCACCCAACUGUGCCAGUGCUUCGGUCGCGGCUCUGAGUGAUGAUUGGGCACGGGAGCUGCCUGCAGCACAUUGCUGCUGUUGUGUGUGCGUGCACAGAAGCACAGUAGCACGCACCCAGCCGCCCACAUGAAGCGUGGUCUGUGUGUAGGGCUGUGUGCAUGCAAUCACGAGCCCAGCCAGCUGAGACGUUUGCAAUGUCACAAUGCCUCUAGGACGCGCGCACUGAUUUCUAGAAGCUAGAAUGAACGUAGGCCUGCUAGACGAGUGUUCAUUGACGGUUGGUGCAUUUAUUUAAUGGCAAGGUUAAGCAAGCCAGAGAGGCUUCAUUUGUUUUGUUUUCCUGUACGUUGUGGUUGGUGAAAGACCAUGCAAUCAACUAACUAGUUCAGCACCCGUCAUUGCAGUACAGCCAUGCGCACGGCAGCAUGGAACCGGCACGAGCUUGCCAAGCACUUGAUGCAUAGAUUGGGCCAUUGGGGUCAUUUGACUGGAUUUCAAGUACAGUUACCUAGCGCCGAGAAUCGUAGCAUGCGACUGCGCGGGUGCGCGGGUCCACGCAUGCACGACCUUGCCAGGCGAAGUGGCGAACUUGGGGAGACGGUUCUGGUUUUUUGCCAGCUGAAUGGCAGGAUAGGUAUGUAUGUUGUGCAGAUACUGGCAGCGGCACUGUGCAAGGGACCUGCUGGGGGAUGCAGGUGAGGACCCGACGCCGGGUAACGGGGGGCGCAGCCUUGGGCGCAGCACGUGGAUUCGAGCACGGAUGUUGCACAGGUGCCGGCGGCAAACCUAAUCGCCGCACAGUGCAAAUGCCGAUCAGCCAGAAUUGACUUAUGUAAGCCCA